GACCGCCUGUUCUUUGUGAUGGAGUUCGUCAAUGGCGGGGACUUGAUGUUCCACAUUCAGAAGUCGCGUCGCUUCGACGAAGAUCGAGCCCGAUUCUAUGCUGCCGAAAUUAUCUCAGCCCUCAUGUUUCUGCAUGAGAGAGGCAUCAUUUAUCGGGACUUGAAGCUGGACAACGUGCUGCUGGACUACGAGGGCCACUGCAAGCUGGCAGACUUUGGAAUGUGCAAAGAGGGAAUUCACAAUGGCGUUACCACAGCCACCUUCUGUGGUACACCAGACUACAUCGCUCCAGAGAUCCUGCAGGAGAUGCUGUAUGGCCCUGACGUGGACUGGUGGGCCAUGGGCGUGCUGCUGUACGAGAUGCUGUGCGGGCACGCGCCCUUUGAGGCGGAGAAUGAGGACGACCUCUUUGAGGCCAUUCUGAACGACGAGGUGGCCUACCCGACGUGGCUCCAGCUGGACGCCGUGGCCAUCCUCAAAGCGUUCAUGACGAAGAACCCCAGCAUGAGGCUGGGCAGCCCAGGGCUGGGCGGCGAGAGCGCGAUUCUGCGGCACCCCUACUUCAAAGAUCUGGACUGGGCCCUGCGGAACCAGCGUCAGAUGGAGCCGCCCUUCAGGCCCCGCAUUAAAUCCAAAGAUGACGUGAGCAACUUUGAUCCAGAUUUUAUAAAAGAGGAGCCCAUUCUGACUCCCAUUGAAGAAGGAAUUCUUCCAAUGAUAAACCAAGAUGAAUUUAGAAACUUUUCAUUCACAAGCCCAGAACUGCAGCAAUAGCUACAGCUCUGGAGAAGGGCUGCUGAGAAAUCUAGGGGGAAAUGAAAUUAAAACCAAGUUUACCAGAAAUGUCAUUUUCAAGGAGGAACAGUGCACUGACUUUAUGCAAUACAGCAGCACCACUGUCAACAUUACCUUAAUGUGAAAUUGAAACCUUCCUGUGUUUGUAGGAUUUAUGCAGCUCUUGGAUCAAAUACUGACAGAGGUGGAACAAACCUGAUAUUGUAAAUAGCUGAUGCAGACAGAGAAUUGAAUGCUGAGCUAGUUGGCUCGGCCUGAAUAUUGCCGCUUGCAGUGGAUUCGAGGAGUCGGCAUGAGCAUGAAGCAAGUGUUGUGCAGCUCUGAGCCAAACAGACUUGUUACAAUUCUGAUUGCUUGCAAGACUAUCUUGAGGAGUCCCAACACUGUCCAGCAUUUUGGAGCUGUGAUCCAGCAUCCCGUGGCUUGACUGAACUAGAUGUUCCUACUGACUUUACCUGUUUCUGCAGUAUUUAUUUCUUUCCGAAGGACGAAUGACUCUCUCUGCCACUGUUUGGGUUUUCAUGUGAAAUAUUUCAUUGUGCUGACUGGCAGAAGGAAAAAAAACCAAAAGCCCUGUGCCCCACACAGAUUCUUCCAAAUCAAAAGGAAGUCACGUGCUCGUAGUGUUUUAC